AACGUAGAGUUGCGUGAUCAUGUUGUAUGCGGUUUCCAUAUCAACGUGACAUAACGCAAUCUCCAGCCGGGAAGCCUUUCUAGUGCUGUGGAAUCAAACGGAACAUUAGCCGCAGUAAUAACAACUUUAAAAACAAAGGCAAAAGCUUUUAUUUUGAAGACGUAAAAUACGUGAAAAGUCGUUUUCCAGAGACUUAAAACCAAAAGCUCCUAUCCAAGAUAUGUAAAUAAGAUUUAUUCCCGUGAAAAAUUCGCCGGAUGAAAAUGUGCGUGGGGUUAUGGAAACGCUGACUGAGAAAGGAUGCCAUGCUCACCACGCUCCUCCGUACUCUCAAGAAACUCCUCUUCAAUGGCUUCUUCAUCUGUUAGAUUGAGUACGGAUUAUUUAGAUGUGAAAAGAGAGCUAACAGCUGAUAUUAGUGCUCGAAAUUCGGAUUGUGAGAGUGUUAACAACGAGGGCGAAGAAGAAGAAGAUGUACAAACAGAAACACAUAGUAACACGCGCUCCAGUMGAAUUAAAACCCAAACUGCCAAGAAAAAGAAAGUUCGGUCCAGGAAAGUGACUGCUAAUAUUGCUGGUACAAAAUACGAUGUUGUGAGAAAAGCUUGCCUUCAAGCAGGAAUGUGCAUUACAAGAGAUGAUGACCCCAACUGUUUCUUUUACUGGAGUGAUUCAGCAAUUCCUGGUGAAAGAGUCACUGAGCUCAAGUCAUACCAGAGAAUAAAUCAUUUCCCAGGAAUGGGGGAGAUAUGCCGUAAGGACAGCUUAGCUCGUAAUAUUGCCAAAAUGCAGAGAGCUCAUCCUGAUGAAUAUAGCUUUACACCUCAGACUUGGGUCAUUCCUGCAGAAUAUGCAGCUUUUCAAUUUUAUUGUAGAGAUUUAAAAAAGAAAAAGAAAGUAAAAACAUUUAUAGUCAAACCUGCAAAUGGAGCGAUGGGAAAUGGGAUUUCCCUGAUUAGGAAUGGUGACAGAGUUCCCUCUCAUGAACAGAUUGUCAUUCAAGAAUAUCUAGACAGGGUAAGCAAAAAGGACAGAAUGAGAAUAACAGCUGCAUUUAAUAGUUCAAUAGAGUCAAUAUACAACUACAGAUUUUUUUUGAUCACACUAAAUGUACGUUUAGGAACUGAACCAUACCAAUCUCCUUCUGAUGAAAACUUGGAUGAGUUAUUUAUGCAUUUAACGAAUUACUCAAUCAACAAACRCAACGAUAACUUCAACAAGGAUGACAGUACUGACAAUGGAAGUAAAAGGAGUAUAAAGUUCUUGAAGGAGUGGCUGCAGUCCAUGGAUUACGAUGUUAAUUCUAUGUGGAGAAACAUAACGGAUGUUAUUGUCAAGACCCUMAUUGUAGCUCAGCCCCAUGUACUUCAUUCUUACCGCAUGUGCCGACCUGGUGCUGUUCCUGGAAGUGACAGCUGUUGUUUCGAGCUUCUUGGAUUUGAUAUCAUGUUGGACAGAAAACUUCGMCCUUGGGUAAUAGAGGUCAAUCGAUCGCCUAGUUUUGGUACUGAUGCAAAGCUGGACGCAGAGAUCAAAGGUGGAGCCUUGAGGGACACCCUAAGACUUCUGAAUAUCAAGUCCAGUGAUCGAAGGCGUGGUAUGGCAGCGGAAAAGGCAGAAUCUCAGAAGCGUUUGUUAACCCAGCCCAAGCGAAGCGAGUAUGGUCUGUCGGAACUGGAAAAGAAGAAAAUGAUUCUGAACAAACGGAGACUAGAAUUGGGUAAUUUUAAACGAGUAUUUCCACCCGAUGAUCGAGCAAGAAACGAAAAGUAUAAUGGUCUGCUGGCGGACGCWUUCAAACUUUUCCUUUCAGGUCGAGCUUCGACUCUACAAAGAGAUAACAACCAGCCGUUCAGUACAUUAAGGGAAGAAGAAAUUCUUGAUUUGUUAGAGCAGUGUGAAGCAGAUGAAACUCUCUCUCAGUUCGACAAGACUGGUUAUCGACCAUACAGCAAAGGACCUAAGCCCCUUUCAUCGAUGCCUAGUGCAAAAUCUCCGAGUUCAAAAGAAGACAUGUGCUCGAACCCGACUUUGAUUUCUCAGAGACAGUCUUCUUUUGAGACAUCAUCAGCGCAUCGGUCAACAGACCUGAGCUCAUCGUUCUCUCUACCUAGAUCGACGUCACAACGAAUAGURACAUCAACAUCGUCUCCACCGAUGAAAUUUAACCCUGUCGUGGAUGCCGCGUAUCUUAAUGCCGCUGUGCGCGAACGUGAAGACGAGCUGUGUCGAAGAACAUUACAAGCAUUCGCUGACAUGCGCAUUAAGUUCCCUGGAAAGACAGACGAAGAAGCAGAAAUGAUCUUAGAAAACAUUCAAGAAAACUGGAAAUUCCACAAACCUCGAGUGGCUUCUUAUUGGCUGGUCAAACUUGAUUCCAUAAAAAGACGAAAGGUCAUMGAUAUUGUGAAGACCAAUACUCGUGCAAUACUCCAGCGCAUCUGGAGGUCCUCAGACGUCGAUAAUCUCCGCCUGUGUCGUAUCUUCUCACGUGUGUUUAACAGGCUUUUGUGGAGUCAUGGACAAGGGCUGUGGAACUGUUUCUCCAGUAUAGGGAAUUCUUGGGAAACGAUUUUCAGCAAGAGUACGGAAGUGCUUUCACCGACUGAAAUGAGUUGUUGUCGUCGCAUUGUCGAGCUUUGUCGUGACUGUCUUCUGAUCGUCUAUCAGUUUGCUUCUGAUGCGAAAGCUGCUGGUGCAGUCACGAAUGGCGUUACACAGAACGAGACAACAACAAGGGAACCACUUCGAAGGGUACCAGAUCUGACAUCACAGCAGACCCUGUCAGCUAGAAUGGCCCGUCUAUCUAAGACAUCUCAGGUUCAACCUUUAAGAUAAGAAAGCAGCUAAAAAUACUUGAGAGAACUUUAUUUAACGCCAUAGUAGACCCUGUAAACAGGAAUGGCCCUUCUAUUUAAGAACCCCCAAGGUCCACUCCGAUUUUUUAACGGAAGGACCUAAGUACGCUUCAGGGGGCUUUAUWUGACAUCACAGCRCACCCUUUUAGURUGAAUGGCCCUUCUAUCUAAGAACCCUAAGRUCCACKCCGAUUUUUUAACGGAAGGACCUAAGUAYGCUUCAGGGGGCUUUAUWUGACAUCACAGCRCACCCUUUUAGURUGAAUGGCCCUUCUAUCUAAGAACCCUAAGRUCCACKCCGAUUUUUUAACGGAAGGACCUAAGUAYGCUUCAGGGGGCUUUAUWUGACAUCACAGCACACCCUUUUAGUAUGAAUGGCCCUUUUAUCUAAGAACCCUAAGGUCCAUUCUUAGUUAUUAUAAGGAAGUACCUAAGUUUGCUUGAGGGGACUUUAUUUGUCACAUCCCAUCAGGCCCUAAGAACUAAGAACCUCAAGGUCCAUUCUUGGUUUUAAGGAAGGACCUUAAUAUGGUUAAAUAGUUGAGAGAWCUUUAUUUGACAUCACUAGGGAGCCCGUUGUUCAGAAACAAUCYUUGGUGAUUGGCUCGAUCUUCCAAAGGUUACAACCCACGAUAUCAAAACCCUUUGAGUGAAGUUUGCUUCAUCGAAAAAACCAUUUAGGAGAUAUAAACAAAUUAUUUAUUGUACAUAAUUGAUUCCAGAUUAUUUUAUCGAUGCACACGUAACAAAUUCAGUAUUUAAUGAAUAUUUGUUUACUAUAGCAAUUGUUUGUAGUCUUUCAUUAAAAUAUUAUUAUUAUCAUCA